CUUUUAAAAUCAUUGUUUGUCUUUAUGAAAUAAGGCAGGAUGGAAGAGAGAUUUAAGGCUGCUACCAAAAAAACAAGUGGAAAUGUAGUUUCAGUGUGGGUUACAGAAGGCAAAAGUCAAUGACCGUGAAUAUUGCUGUCCUCUUAGAGCUGGAGGAAAAGAGACUACAGACACCAAACCCUCAUUGCAGGGGAAUUCUGUUUUGUUCCAAAUAUAUGAUUAAUUUACAUAGAGUAGACCAUGUUUGUUCUAAAGUGUAGGAAACACUAGCAACAGUCAGAUCAAAUAAGGGGAAAAGAACUUUUUUAUUAUUAUCUUUUCUUUAUUAUUAUUCAACUUCAUCCAGUGUCAGGGCAAAAAUCAGAUAGAAAAUCAGAUGUAGCCACUACUUCUAGAAACUGAUUAAUGCUUAAGGCUACUGUGGUGUAACACAUGUGGUCUUACUUGACGUGAAUAUCGUAUUCUUCUGAAGAUUCUGCUUACCAGGAGUAAAUAUGGCUUUGUCUCUAGCAUAGGACCUUAUGGAAAGUCAAGAAAUCACUUUAACUGAUGGCAAUAUGACUUGUGAGAUGGUGAUUUGCAUGUCUGAUAAUUUAGUUAGAACAAAUUCCCUCCUGUUUUACUGUAAUGCUUUGCUUUUCUGAUGCCAAACUAUUUUUUCUAAGUUAUGAGACUUUAUCCCCUGCUUUUAGUAAUAGUUUCUCCCAUCAGAGCUGCAAGCUUGCUGUAAAAUACAUCUAGCUUUAGCAUUAAGAUUGGGUUUGGGGAACGUACCCAGCUAUGUCCAGAUGAAGGCUGUCACUUUCUGGUGAGAGACCAGGGGAAGUGUCUGAGCAUAGCUUACAAGGAAUAUUUCUCUGAGGAGAAAGGAAUCUGCAAGCAAGGAACCUCAAAAGGGUGCAGAGAUCAAACUGAUUAUGUUCUGUGCUUUCAGACCAAAGGCUAAGUCUUGAAAACAUGAUUCCUGCAACUGUUCACACUGUCCUGAGUGCUCUAUAUUUAUGCUGCCACAGAAAGGACUGGUUACACUCGGAGGAGAAACACUAAAGACUGAAAUGCGCUUGCAGCUAAAGUAUCCUCAUCAUGAAUAGGUACACAACUAUCAGACAGCUUGGUGACGGGACCUACGGCUCUGUCCUCCUAGGGAGAAGCAUUGAAUCUGGAGAGCUAAUAGCCAUUAAAAAAAUGAAGAGAAAGUUUUAUUCGUGGGAGGAAUGCAUGAACCUUCGAGAGGUUAAGUCUUUGAAGAAACUAAACCAUGCCAAUGUAGUAAAGCUGAAAGAAGUUAUCAGGGAAAAUGAUCAUCUGUACUUCGUGUUUGAAUACAUGAAGGAAAAUCUGUAUCAGUUAAUGAAAGAAAGAAACAAACUGUUUCCUGAAUCUACGGUUAGGAAUAUUAUGUAUCAGAUCCUGCAAGGGCUUGCAUUUAUCCAUAAGCAUGGGUUCUUUCACAGAGAUUUGAAACCUGAAAACCUCCUUUGCAUGGGGCCAGAACUAGUGAAAAUAGCAGACUUUGGCUUGGCCCGAGAAAUCCGAUCUAGACCUCCUUACACUGAUUAUGUAUCCACAAGAUGGUACAGAGCUCCUGAAGUCCUUCUUAGAUCCACCAACUAUAGUUCCCCAAUAGACAUUUGGGCUGUUGGUUGCAUAAUGGCAGAAGUUUAUACACUGAGGCCUCUCUUUCCAGGUGCCAGUGAAAUUGAUACUAUAUUCAAAAUUUGCCAGGUCUUGGGGACGCCAAAGAAGAACGACUGGCCCGAAGGCUACCAACUUUCAGCCUCCAUGAGUUUUCGCUGGCCUCAGUGUGUACCUAACAACCUAAAAACCCUCAUACCUAAUGCUAGCAGUGAAGCAGUGCAGCUCAUGAGAGACAUGCUGCAGUGGGACCCCAAAAAGCGACCAACAGCAAGCCAGGCACUUCGAUAUCCAUACUUCCAGGUUGGGCACGCCCUGGGGAUUCAGGAUCUGGUGAAGCAAAAGGAACUGCAUAAUAAAUCAUCUCUGCACAUUAAGCCUGUCCCUCCAGCACAACCCCCUCCAAAACUUCACGCCCGCGUUUCAUCAAGGCCUUUUCAGCAAAGCCAGUGUUCUCAGCACUUGGUGUACCCCUAUAAGACAGACAACUCAGGGGCUGAGCACAGUAACUACUUACAGGAGGACAAGUCCGGCCAGGUGGUUCUGCCUGCAAUUCACAAUAAGGUUCCUCAGCAGAAAGCACCUGCUGGGACUGAGAAUAUAAAUAGUGAACUUAAGCCAAAAACUAGGCGAAGAUGGGGACAUCUUGCUAGGCCAGUGAAGACUUCUGAGGACUGGGAUGACUUGGAAGACCUUGAUUUCAGCUCUUCCAUCACACGGAUUGACUUGAAAAACAAGAAGAGGCAGAGUGAUGAAACUCUUUGUAGAUUUGAAAGCAUUUUGGACCUGAAGCCUUUGGAUGCUGUAGGCUCUGGUAGCAGUGCACCUUCUCACGUGACCUUUCCACGUCAGGACACUCCCACACUGCAAGUUUCUGCAGCAAAGCAACACUACUUGAGACAUUCUAGAUAUCUGCCUGGGAUAAGCACAAGGAACAGCAUAGUCUCCACUUCAGACAAAGAGCCUGUUCCAGCUAAUCCCUGGCCCACUUCUGGCUUGCCUGGGAAAGCUUCUGCUUUGGGAGGAAAUAUCAACAGGAUGAAUUCAGGAUCAAGCGGUCUGACUGGUGGUUAUAUCCCUUCAUUACUGAAGAAGGAAGUCGGCUCUGCUGGGCAGAGGGUUCAGUUAGCACCAGUUGUGGAUCCGGCUUCUAAUUACACUCCUCUGAAGUCAGUAAGACCCCCUCUUGGCCAACCAUCCUUCAGUUCACCUACCAGAAGCACACCAAGGUUACUGCCUCUCCCACCAGCAGCUCAGCCCAUCCACGGGCGUGUUGACUGGUCUGCAAAGUACGGUGCUCCCCGGUGACCCAUGGCAAGAAACAGUUUGCUGACACGAGACAAUCUGAUGCUGUUUUAUACACGUGUACAUUUCAAAGGAACAGGUCUUCUAUGAAAGAGACCUUUUGAAAGGUGUUUUUUAAUUUACUUUUUAUUAAUUUUAACACAACCUUGUACCUUUUUGUAUAAAAUCGGUUUGUUUUGUUACAGAAUUGGGUGCAGUUUUUUCAUAGCUCUGGCACAUUUUGUAUAUAUGGCUUUAGGGGCUUGGGCAUUUUUAUACCAGAAAUUUUUAAUAAUGAACUUCUAAAAGAAAAAGCUUUUCUUUAUUAGAAUCAACUUUUUAAUAAAAGUAGAUAAAAAAGGUGAAGUGGUGCAAUAUGACAGAGAAGUGCUGAGUAAAGGGCAUUCAGCACACACUUUCCGAAGCUUGUGCUAACCGAGACUGUGCAGCUUCGGCGGUGCCACAUCUCGAUGCCACAUUUUUGCUGUGCUCACCUGCUCUGUACUGAUGUCAGAGCAGUGAGUGGCUGACAGUCCAGCCCCUCCUUUACAGUCGCUGAGGGAUUGCUGAAAGUCAGUGGAAGGCUGCUUUUGUUUUUUUUAAUUGACUUUUGCCAUUGAGAGGUUUUUGUUGGACCACUGUCCAGCUUUCCAGCUUCAUUCUUUUGCUUUUACCAAACCGGGGGAAUCUUUGUGUUUGGUAAAGGGCAAACACCCUUCUGUAGAUCUGUUUUCUGACUCAGCACUCUCAUGUCCUGCUUCAAAGUUGCUUCUUGGCAUCGUUCACUGUAAAGUAGAACGUGGACCUACCUCUUAAUUUAAAUGUUCUAAUGAUUUCUAAGGAGAAAAAAAACCCCAGAUUCUGUUUCUCCUUCUUUGUUGUUGUUGUGAAUAUAAGAUCUGAAGACACAUUUAAGACAACAUUAACAGCUACAACCCUGAUUUCGAAGUAACAAAGGAUUGGUAAUAUGCCAGCAGCAGAGUUUAAGGAAGUGACAGUAUCUAUGCAGCUGACUUUAAUUUUCGCAACUGUUUAAAAUCACUUUGGGGGAGGAGGGGGAAAUGUCCAGAGGAAAUGGUCAGUUUAAGCUUACUUCAGUUCUGCUUCGUUUCAGUAAGUCUUCACUUAAAUGUAGGAAUAUGUCACUUUCCCUAAAUUAAGUCCCCAGUCUCUACAGGGAAAAAUGGGACCUUACCUAGUCCUGCUAGUAAACAUUCUGAAGUUGUGGUUGAUUUCACAGAAGUGGAUACAGCUCUUUGAAGAACAGUUUAAUUCAGUUUAUGAGACAAAGUGAGUUCUCAGGUUACAGAGAAAAGAAAAUAGCCCCAUGGUCUGGUUUAAUUCUGCCCUUGAAGGGAGUGCUGGAGUGUGGCUGUCACUACAAGGUUCAUUUAGGUGACAGCCAGCAUUUGGCUGUUCCUGCACCUCCUUUCACAGAGGAAGAUGAAACAGGACAGUGCUGCAGGAGCACAUCUUUUAUAGUUGUGUUUUGGAACAGCACUACCCAAGCUGGAGUGUGCUGUGACAUUGCCUCUUCCUGUAGAAUUGUACAGAAAUGCUUAUAAAUACCUGAUCUGUCCAGAAUAUGAGACUGAAAAUCAGUCUCAGGGGCUGAGGGCAGGUGUGGUUCUCAGCACCCAGCCCGGAAAGGAGCUGCCUGGCUGGUGUGUCAGUGGGACGCUCUGUGGGCUGCGCCAGUGGCUGCUGGGGGCUGAUAACGUGCCCUGGCCUCGACAGUACUGCCAGGGGAGCCCUCUGGGCUUGGGGCCAAUGGGACCCUGGAGUGGGCUGCUGGCUCAGUUCCACGGGGGGAACCUGAGGCGCACUGCUUACCUCUUUGUGUGGAUUCAGCCCACAGAGAGACAGAGCAGAGCAAAGCAAACAGGGAGCAAAAUAAUCUAUGCAUUAAGACUGUGCAUGUAAGAGUUAGACAUGCCAAGGACAUGUUGUGUGUCCAGCUACUCCCAUACUUGUUCAGAGCAAGUACUAACUCCAGACCAUCCUUCACUGCUUCUGGAGCAGUGAGGCCAAGGGACAGCAGCCAUCCCAAUUCUGAAGCAUAUGCUGCUGCUGUCUUUGGUUGUUCUACUCAGUGAAAAUAAAUACCUGAUAUCCAGAUAUCCUUUAUUUCAUCGCUGAAUAAUUGGUCUCAGUUGGUUCAGGUAACACCCUGAACCUAUCUGAAGUAUUCCUAGACCUAAGUAGUCAAUUUAACUAGUCUGUUCCAUAGGCUUAAUUCCUGGUGGAAGCAGGAGACAAACAAGUGAGGAGGCUUGGAUUCAGCUGCCGUAACUGCAGACACCUAAGCCUGAGUUCCUUUGUUAGGAGCUGACUCUUGAAACCAGGAAUGAAUGACAGUCAUUGCUGAAAUUCGGCUCAAGGGAGGCCUUAGUGGCCCUCUGGAGAUGACUGGGUCUCUCAACUAAGGACUGGGACUGCUGCAUAGGUUUAAAGUUACACAGGAGCAGUCUGAACCUGGCCCAUAACUCUAGGUCUUGAUCAGCCUUGCGGUGAUUUUCUUGACUAUAGUGUUCAGGGUUGGGUCAGUUCAGCAAAAAGAAUGGAAAAAAGAAAUAGUACUUUCCUUGGCAUCUCUUCUCCUUUCCCAAAUCAAAGCCUUUAUUUUGGAAAGAAGCUAAUAAUCUUGAUAUUCAGAAUUAUUUUUGCCAGCUUUAACUAGUGGGACAGAAGGUUAGCAAAGUACAACAGCAACACUUGUCAUCCUUACUCAAGCAGAUUCCUCCUGAAGGCGGAGAAAGAGUUUUUUGUGUAAGGAUUGAGCAGACUGCCCCAUGGGUGUUACUGUGCUGUCUCAGUGUGCAAUACAGGUGUGGAGAAGAUGCAGGUCUUUAUUAUACUGAAAUUUGGACAAGCAGCAUAUCUGACAAUUUAUUGUACGUAACCUACUACUUUGUGUUUUAAUAUUUAGCAGCAUCUUGAUGCAAAAUGUUUUUAGAGUUCCGCUGUUUACGUUUCCUAAGGCUUAUGCAUUCCACAUAACGACGACUGUUGGAAAUAAAGGAGCCUUGCAGGGGACUCAUUCACCUCUGUAAUCCAGAUUUUCCUACAAAUAUUGUGUAGGUGCCAUAAGGUUAGCAAAAUCCCCAAACCCAAGCCAGAAAAGCCAACUCCAUGGUAUUUCUGUAUCUAGUAAGGCUGUUGAUAGGAGUAGGCUGUUCUGUAAUGUGGGGAGGAAAACAUAUGUUGAGAGAAUGUUUCUUUGAGCUUAUGUGGAAGGAGAGGGUGGAAUUGUCAGUGAGACAAGAAAUAAUGGUUCCUGUUUGUUCAGCAGUUGUGUUUAAAACCGUUAUGAAUGUUUCAUUCCUUCUGUGUCAAGUCUCCUGCCUUGAAUAAAGCUACUCUUGAAGAAA